GGCCAUCGAGUCGGUGAGAUUCUUUCACAUAUAUAGUUCGCCGUGAAAGUCUAUUUAUAGUAAAUCCGGUGCCUAUAUAUACGUCAAAUCAAAUCAACUAUCAGUGUGUGAGCUAUACACACUGACAGUGUAGUGUGCUGCUCUCCUAGCUAGCUAGAGAACGCCACACACUGGACUGGACUGGAUGGAGGCGUCGUCGAACACCAACGCCAUGGCCGGCGUGAUGGCGCCGCUGAUGCUGCACGGCCGCGUGGCAAUUGUCACCGGCGGCGCCGGCGGCAUCGGGUCGGCCGUGUCGAGGCACCUGGCGUCCCUCGGCGCGCGCGUCGCGGUCGCCUACAUCGGGGACCCCGCGCCGGCGAACGAGCUGGUGAGCGGCAUCAACGACGGCUACUUGCGCGCGGAGGAGGAAGAGAAGCGCGGGCCGCGGGCCAUCGCGGUGGAGGCGGACGUGUCGGACGCGGCGCGGGUGAGGGCGCUGUUCGACGCGGCGGCGGCGGCGUUCGGCGGCGAGAUCCACAUCCUGGUGACGACGGCGGCCGUGCUGGACUUCGCGUACCCGGCGCUGGCGGAGACGAGCGAGGCAGCGUACGACGCCAUGUUCGGCGUGAACGCGCGCGGCACCUUCCUGUGCUGCCGCGAGGCCGCGAACCGGCUGGCGCGCGGCGGCCGGGGGCGCAUCGUGACGUUCUCGUCGUCGGGCGUCGGGUCGCUCCGGCCGGGGUACGCGGCGUACGCGGCGAGCAAGGCGGCGGUGGAGGUGAUGACCAAGAUCCUGGCGCGCGAGCUGCGCGGCACGGGGAUCACGGCGAACGCAGUGGCGCCCGGGUCCACGGGCACGCCGAUGAUGUACACCGGCAAGACAGAGGAGGACAUGGCGCGGUACAUCGCCGAGGCGCCGCUGGGCCGCCUCGGCAUGCCCGACGACAUCGCGCCGCUCGUCGGCUUCCUCGCCAGCGACGCCGGCGGCUGGAUCAACGCCCAGGUCAUCCGCUGCAACGGCGGCACUAUCUAGCUACCCUGGCCUGCGCGCCAAAAUAAAUGAUUUCUCCGUUCUAAAAUAUAACAACCUAAAAUAAAAAAGAUAUAUCAUGUACUAAAAAUUUAAACGUAAGAUUUAUAAUAUUAGAAUAUGUCAUGCUAGCUAGGUUGUUAUAUUUGAAAUAUUUUGAAGUAGAUUUUCUGGCUAUGAAUUGCAUUAUCCUGGUACACGUUGUGCUCUUACCUUCAGCUUGGGAGAGUUGUGCGUGACAGUUAUAAACAGUAUUUGUCUGAAUGUUCUGGUCACCUUA